AUGAUAAAACAUUCUUUAACUCAAACAUCUUCUACUAAACAAAAUUUUUCAUAAAAACUUCAACUGCAAAAGCUUAAAAGAAACAAAUUAAUGGUCUCAAAAGCUAUUGGUAUGCUUUAAAACCCAUUUGAUUCCCGCCAGGUAUCUUAGUCCUUGAGAUUUCUUGAAAAUUAGACUUAAAGAAAGGCAUUGCUUGAUGAAAUCAUUACAAUAAGAGAAGAAAGAAAAAGAAAAUAAGAAUUUGAAAAAAUGUCUUCUAUGAGAGGAAUUUUGACCAAAGUAUAAAAAAGGUUCUCUGUGGUUAAAACUUAAGAUCUAAAAUUUAAUAGAGAUUUUAAUGAUUUUAAAAUUUUACAAGAGGAACGCAAUAAAAUGGAAAAAUUAUAGUAUGAAAAUCUGAACCUAUAAAUAAAUGAAAGAAAAUCUUAAUUUAAAAGAAUGUCAAGUCUUAACUUCUUAACUCGAGAAAGUGAUAAUCAUAUCCUUAAACAUUAAUUAAGUCUUGAUCCAGGAGUUCCUUUAUCAUCAUUGAUGCUAACAAGAAAAACCUAAAGAAAUACAACACUUUUACAGUCUAAAAUAGUAAAUAAAUAAAUGUAAAGAUUAUAAUUUAAUCAAAUUAGUCCUGCUGUUGACGGUAAUACUGAAAAAGUUCUUACUUCUCCUCAGAAUUGCCUGAUUAUAACGUAAGAAACUGAUUAAGAAUGA